AUGGAAGUUUACAUGGUUUUCAUCGUUAUGCUCGCAAUUUUCCUUCACCGUGGAAAUGGCCGGGCAACUUGGUUUAAUAAAAUGGGGCGUAGAGCUCAAGAUGGCGGAGUCCCGUCCAUGCUAGACACGUCCGCAUGGAGACAAAAGAGGUCCCCUGAUGACGAGCCCAGUUGUUACACUGGCAGAGUUGUGUCAUUCACUUUGCCAAGCAACAACAAGGUAUCUGUUCCGAUUUGUAAGACAGUAACGUCUUACAAAACUGCAUGUUUCAGUUCGAUGGCAAACAACAACAACCAAAGGAAAUGUGUUCCGUCCCGUACGAUCACGAUGGAAGGAGUUUCGUUUAACACAGCCUGUUCAUGCGCACCAUAG